UUAUGGAGGCUGUUGAUUUCGGCAUUUCCUGCUCAGUGCCACUUCUGUGGCAAAUGCUGCGGAGCCGGAGGUGCUGGCGAUAUAAGCCAUCUCCUGCAGCUUCCGCAGUCUUCGCAUGCGAUUCAAUGCAGCUUUUGCCUUCGUGGCCUUGCAGCCUGUCUAUGCUGCAAAGAUAGCCUCCUUCCGAAGAUCCGACCCAGGAACACAUGGAACUCUUGUAGUGAAACUCAAAGCAGAAAACUUUGUGAAUUCAUCAACCAUCUUCGGAGAAUUGGGUGGCAUCAAAUUAAUCGACCACUAUGGGGUGUGCAUCAAUUGCGCCGAUGGAGCGGUGUGCACAGCGCCGAACACGCCAGACUACAAGGUAGUCGAUCCGCAAAAGGCUUGCAAUACUGCACCAGCCGCAGGUGAUAAAUGGAGUUGGCGUGUCAACAAGGCGAGCCCAUAUGAUAUCAAACUAGAGUAUCCGCUAAAGAGCUUGAAGCAUGAGAUGCACUUUAAGAUUGAAGUCAUUUCUGCGGUGGAUCAAUCAGGUACCAACUCACCAGAGCAAAUGGGCCGGCAAGCUACGUCUUGGGUGGCAGAGGCAGUACUGGGAACAAAAACACAUCGUGCGUGGCUGAAGACAGCAAUGAACCUCAACGGCCACUUCAGCAAGGCUGUGACUGGAAAUCUCACCAUGGACUUGCCAAAGAUCGCAGAGGACUUUUUCGAUGAAGUUUGUGUGCAACCAAUCACGACCCAGGGAUAUGAGGUGACAGAGACCUCUAUGAAGAAGAACAAGUUCAGCGUAGGUGCCAAAUGCGCCAAAGAUUACACCGGAUACGCGCAAGUGACCGAGUGCGCAGAAGAGCAGCUAGCAUACUUGUUGUCAGGUUGCCGCCCAGAGAUGUGUACCCAGCCAGAGAAUACACUGGGCUAUGAUUUGUCUGUGCUUGAUUUGUCGCUUGCAUCCUUCGAUGUUGACGUAACCUGUAUGUCUGGAUACAUUGGAGCUCCUACAGUAGCCAAAUGUACUGGGGACGGCCGUCCAUUUUCGGUGGCAGGCUGCAAGCUUCAGACGACAACAACUUCGACCACCACGAUCACAACAACUACCACGACUACCACCACCACUACCACCACUUCAACCACUACAACUGCAACUUCAACAAGCACUUCUACCACAACCUCCACAAGAACUUCAUUGAGCACAACAACAACCAGCACAACAACGUCUACCACCAUCACCACAACGACAACAAGUACAUUCACCACAACCAGUACCACAACAACAACAGCAACUACCACGACAACUUCCACGACCACAACUACUUCUACCACAAUAACAAGCACAUCGACAACAACCACUACAACAACAUUCACUAGCACAACUACCACCAGCACAACGACUACCACAACUACGUCGACCACCACUCUCGUGCUUUUUUGCCUAGAUGCUGAAGACAAAACGGGCUAUGACCUGGUUGAAAACAGCCUCCAGCUCAAUGUUGCGGCGUUCUCCGUCAAUGCCUCUUGUGCCAAUGGCUACUAUGGAGUUGCAAAAGCAAUUAUUUGCAAGUCCGCAGACGAGCCAUACACACUCAGCGGUUGUCACAAGAUCGAGACCUGUCAAGAGCCUCAGGCUCUUGGUUAUGAGUUGAGCGAUGGCAGCCGGAACUUGCAUGACUGGAGCCUUACAGCACAUUGUGCAAUGCACUUUCACGGCAAUGCAAAGGUCCAGAAAUGCACCAAGGAUGCUGAAGAGUUUCAAAUUUCAGGAUGUGAGCCAGAUGCAUGUUCUGCGCCAGCGGACAAGACUGGGUACGUGGUGGCCGAGGAUGCAACAGAAAUCUUUCGAUUCAGCGUGGAAGCGACGUGUGCUUCGGGAUACAAAGGCACACCGCAGGUAAUCCCUUGCAAACAGCACUCAGGCGAAUACCAACUGUCAGGUUGCGAGCAAACCACUACUACUACGACUACCACAACAUCGACAACCACAACAACGACAACAUCCACAACAACUACGACAAGUACCACAAGUACCACAACCAGCACAAGCACAACCACCUCGACCACGACCACAACUACUUCAACCUCCACAACGACAAUUACAUCGACCAGCACAGUGACCAGCACUACGACUUCUACAACGACCACGACCACUACGAGCACCGCAACAUCCACAACAACUGUCACCACAACCACAAUUACUAGCACCAGGACCAGCACCUCCACGACAACCACUACUACCACUACGUCGACGACAACUUCAACUACUACCACAAGCACCGCCACAACGACAUCUACAACAACAACAUUCACCAGCACAACUACAAUCACUACUACAACCAUCACAUCCACUACCACUUCAACCACUACUACGACGACAACAACUACGUCAACUACUACAACCUCAACCUCUACUACGACCACAACCUCAACAACUACAACAUCGACAUCCACAUCUACUACCACUACAACGUUAACAACAACGACGACCACAACAUCCACCACCACUACAACAAUUACCUCGACAACAACAACGACAACUAGCACAUCUACAACAACGACAACUACGGCCACCACUACCAGCACAACCACCACUACUACUACUUCAACCAGCACUUCAACCACAAAAACUAGCACCACAACCACCACCACCACAUCCACGACCACAACUUCGACCUCAACAAGCACCACUACGACUGUUGCAGAAUGCACUACGCCAGCUCUAAAUGACAGAAAAGGCUACGUGGUGAGAAGCGUCAGCACUUACAUCUUCAACUUUGAAGUUGCAGUCAAGUGCGAUGAGAACUACUUGGGCACAGCUAGAGUGCAGAGGUGCCAAAAGCACGGCGAGCCCUACAAGCUAAGUGGUUGCCGAGUCAAGAUGUGCACCGCACCUUUUGACACAACUGGCUACAGCGUCAAGGAGGACUCCUUGGCGAUGCAUAGCUUUUGGGUCACUGCCAGAUGUUCGAGCGGAUGGUUUGGCACAGCGGCGGUCAAAGCCUGCAGUGAACCUGGUACAGAAUAUCAACUUGAAGGUUGUCACAAUGACUGCUUUGCUCCAGAGAGCACCGAAGGCUACGAAGUGAAGGAGAAGAAUCUUCGCAUAAGAAGUUUUGACGUCGAAGCCUCAUGUGUCCGAGGAUACAUCGGAACUGCGUCAGUGCUUCCUUGUAGCGCAGAAACCCGGAUGUACCAAUUGAGAGGCUGUCAAGAGGAUUUGCGGAUGUGCAAGGCUCCUUCAAACACUCAGGGAUACGUGAUCUUUGAACGUGACCUUGUGGUGAGCAUCUUCAACGUCUCUGCGAGAUGUGCUGAGGGCUGGACUUCGGCACCUGGUGAGGAUGUCAAGGUUGCUCCAUGCACAGCCAACAAUGGGCUCUAUCACCCCUCCGGCUGUGUUCCAUCAAAAUAUUGCGUGUCCCCAAACACCGUGGGUUACGUCGUGGAUGAGAAGCAGUUGUUGGUGUCCCACUUUAAGGUGGAAGUGUCCUGUGCCGCUGGCUACGCUGGCAAGCCUAUAGCAUCAACCUGUCAGGAUGAUGGCAGACCAUAUGCUCUUGCAGGCUGCGCGGUGGACACCAACCCGUGCGUCGCUCCAAGCAACACCGCGGGGUACAUAGUCAAGGAGCAUGAUCUCAUCAAAAGCACCUUUAACGUGGAAGUUUCUUGUGCAAAGGGCUACACUGGGGAUGCAAUUGUGGAGGAGUGCCCGUCACCAGGCAGUGCCUACCGUUUGAAAGGUUGUAUUUAAAUGUAAAUUCCUGCCAGCGUUA